UAUAAAGGGACUAUGAAAUGAAAUUAGUAGACCAAUUCUAAUUGUCAUUUUACUUUAACACGUUAUCAGCACGCUCAGAGCCAAUAGCCAAAGAAAAAAAAAAACCAGUUUUCUAGUUUAUUUCUUCUCUCCGUCGAAAACAAAAACCAAAACCAUAGAAGAAAAAACAACUUUUUCUUCUUAUUCUGCCGCCACCCUAAUAUAAAAAAAAAAAAAAUUCUUUCUUCGUCGCCGUUCCCAGCCCCAACACCGGCCCCAGCCACGAAUCCAUCGCUGCUGCUCCCCUUACCCGCGCAGCACCUAUCCCAGAUCGAUCACCUGCAAACCCACCUUGUUUUCGGUCUCAGCCCUAGCGCCCGCCCCAGAUCGGCGACGACGUAGCAGCCCAAUCCACCUGCACCGGCGCUGCUCCCUGGCCCCCGCACCUGCACACCAGCCCCAUAGCAGCCCACUGCCCCGCCUGCGAACACAGCCCCGUGCAGCCCACUCGCGUCGGACCUGCACUGCAGCUCCGACCAGCAGGUUUUCUUGGCGAUCCGACCUGCACCAGAUUGCAGAUUGAGGAAAGAAGACGCGAAAAAAAAACACAGAGAAAAGAAAGAAGAGAGAAGAAGGAAGAAGAAAAAAAAAAACAGAAAAAAGGGUGACCGGGCCAAAGUAAAGACCCGGCCCAAAUUAACAAAAAAAAAAAAAAAAAAAGAACAAAAAGAGAAGGGACGAAAAAAAAAGAAAAAAAAAACAACUCCGGCCCACUAUUGAAAAAAAAGGAAGCGGUCCAGUUUUUUUUUUCUCAAGCCAAAAACAUCGCUACGCACGCCUGCAUCAACACGCGCGUGCGCUAGGAUUGUUUUAUUUUCUCGAAAUCAAGUGGCUGAUCCAACUCGACCUGAGUUUGACAUUUUGGACUCAGAAGGACUUGAGUACCACCGUUGGGUUUCCGAUGUAGAAACUGCUUUUGUGGCAAAAGACUACACCGCCACCAUUACCGACCCCAAAGAUGAUGAACUAUCUCAUAAGGUGAAAGCAGAUGCCUUAACGUUUCUGAGGCGACAUAUUGAUCCUAGCCUACGUUGGGAGUACCUUCAGUUGAAGACACCCAAAGAAUUGUGGGAUGCCCUUAAGGGACGUUUUGGGAACAUUCACGAUACUUUGCUCCCAGGACUGGCUGUUCAGUGGAAUGGAAUCCGCUUGCUUGACUAUAAAAGGGUCAAUGACUUCAACAAGGACAUGUUGCGCUUAAAGGCACGUCUCAAUUUCUGUGGAAGGGAUCACAGAAGAUGAUAUGAUCUACAAGACUCUUUCCACCUUUCCUACUUCAGCGUUUAUGCUAGUGGACAAGUAUAGGCUGGAGUAUCACAACAAAAGAAUCACAACCUUCAAUAAGUUGAUCAGCCUACUGCAAGUGGCUGAGAGGGAAAAUGAGGAUCUCUUGAACAACAAUGCUAGGCCCACUGGGACAAAGAAAAUUCCCGAGGCUAAUUAUGGAAAAAUAAAAGGUGGAAAGAACUCCAAUGCAAAGGGGUUUGGACGUGCUGAUCCCUACCCACGUGGCAACAAUGCACCACGUGGAAAGGGACGUGGAGGUGAUGGAAACAAGAUGCAAAAGGCACCUAAGAACCCUUCAGUCAAACAGGAUAGAGUUGGCAAUGAACCAUACUAUAGGUGUGGAGUCAUUGGGCAUUGGUACAAGAACUGCAAAGCAAGCAACAUAGUUGCAGCCACUUACAAGAGAUAUAGGGAGUCUAAAGAACAAGAAACUCACUAUAUGGAAGAAGGAGGCCAUGACCCAUAUGUUAACCUCACAAUUGCAGACCUCAAUGGCAACAAGGAACUUGCUCAGUCAAUGGAUGCACUAGUUUUUGACUGACCUGCUUUAUCUAUUUUCCAAAGACAGUUGUGAAGGCAUAAUGCCUCAUUUUUAAUUAGACUAUUAUUUGGUCUUAAAGAAUGGUUUGAUGAAUUA